AUUUUAUUUUCUCCCUAGUGAUUUUCUUUAAAGGACAGGUUGAUGAACUCAAUAGGACAUAAAUACAGCCGGGGACAGAAGCACACUGGACUGAUUUUAUUCGAUUUAAAAUGUAGUUUUUAGCACGUUAGUCGGGUAAUUAGCCCGUUAGCUGCAGUCUGCUAUUCCAUUGUUACAAAGCGGGGGCGGGAACCGGACCGUUUAUUGUUAUUACAUUAUAGCUACAAUCCAGAGAUGAUGUGUGACAUAGUGAACUUACUAUGGACACAAACCUCCAUUCUAAACGAGUCAAGCUGUCUUUUGAAGAAAAAUAGCGUGAAUGUGAACCGGGUCUCGUUAAAUGUUUUUUCUCGGAUUCAGAGAAGCUGAAAACAAAACCUUCUAACCCCAAAUAAACUGUUUUAGGUCACAAUGCGAAUGUAGGGCUGUUACUUAAGAAGCUGGUUUUCGAUUAAUCAUUUAGUCUGUAACUUUUCAUAAAACAGUGAUUAAUUCUUGAUUGAAGCCAAUUUGAGGAUCACACGUACACCAAGGGGAAACGAAGGGAUGUUCAGUCACUGCGCGCGAGUAACUGAAGGAUUAACAAUAAACAGAGUGCAGGAUGUGAGACAGGGAAUAAGCUUACACUUCACAGCCGCUCGGACUGCGGGGACAACACAGACACGGCAGGCGGGGACGGGAGACGGAGGGCGGUCAUCACCUGCGGGGAAUAUUUUCACAUCCACCAGCUGGUGAUUGUUGGAACAGUGAAAGACAAAACGACAGUUUCGUCAGUGACAACACUGAGAUGUGAUGUUGCCACACACUCCAGUUUGACCAGUGAAGAGUGAAACUUUAUUGGCUUGUGUCCAGCCUCUGUGGAGCAGCCAUGUCUGUCAUCAUACAAACUCGAGGUGAAGUGGGUGGCGGCGUCGCAGCUCACCUGCAGUGUCCCCUCUGUGGCCACUUCUCCAAGAGCCACGCCCACCAGCUGUCCCACAUGGCAGCGUCUCAUCCCACCUGCCUGGAUGACGUGGCGGUCGGUCGCCUCGGCAACAUCGUGAUGUACCAGAGCACCGCCCGACUGUUCCACUGCUCCGAAUGCUUCUUCACCAGCCGAGACUUCACCAAGCUGUACAAGCACAUCAUCUCCAAACACUGCAUGGACGAGAGAGAGGGGGGAGGAGGAGACAACGGGGGAGAGAGGACAGGAGAGGAGGGGGACGAAGAGGACAAGGAGGGAGGACAACGAGCUCCUAAAAGAAAGAGGAGCAGUGAGCCCGAGGAGGAGGAUGAACACGACGAGGACGGCGCCUCCCGGAGGCCAGAGUCAGUCAGAGAUGAAAGCCUGCUGCUGUUCGACGGCGGCAGUUACCGCUGCCUGAUCUGCGGCUGGAAGAACAAGCUGAAGAGCCUGGGGAUCAACCACGUGGUGCGGAAACACGACAUCCCCAAAACGUACGCCGCGCAGGCCAUCAGGCGGGACGAGCCCAAACAGGCGCAGAGCAGCGGGGCGGAGGAGGAGGAGGCGGCCGGGCUCAGCGGAGACCUGCUGAAGGAGGAAAUGGAGGCCACAGCCAAAGUGGUGCGCUUCAUCUCCAACCGCUUCGUCUGUCUGAUCUGUGGCUGGAAGACCAAACUCAAAGGUUUUGCCAUCAGUCACGUGGUGCGAAGCCACGACGUGGAGCGUCCAUACGGCUGCAAAGACUGCCAGCGCUGCUUCUUCCUGCCCAGCCGGCUGCAGCAGCACAUCAGGGCGGCUCAUCGGCCCGGACGCUACGCCUGCCCCUUCUGCUGCUUCAGGUCCCACUUCCUGGGAGGCUUCAGGAGGCACUGCAGUCGCUGCAACGCCCGGGAGGGUCGGGGGGAGGAGGUAAACGAGGAGGAGGAGGUGGGAGGAGAAGGAGGGGAGGGUGAGGAUGAGGAGAACGAAGAGGAGGAAGAGGAGGAAGGGGAGGAGAGGAGAGGGGGCAGGAAACGAAGGAGAACAGCAAAGGUGAUAAAGGAGGAAGAGGAGGAGGAUGAUGAUGAUGAUGACUGAGAGGAAGGACUUCAUGUAAAGCAGUUUACAGUUUUUACUUCAGUUUACCGUCAGUGUUUGUGCUUUUAAAGUGAAAUGAAACCAAACGAGAUCUCACUUGUCAACUGAAACCGUGAAUAAAGUUUUUUUUCUUAA